UUUUUGUGGGAUCACCACGUGUUGAGAAGCCCAGAAAACAACAAUAUGUCCCAACAUGAAAACACAGCAGACAGGCCACCUGUGGAGAGAUCACAGGCCGGUACCACCAUAAACAACAGACAGACCCACAGACUGUACCCAUCACUGCCGAAUAUCGAUUGGUAUGAGGUUUGUCUGCCGGGCCGCUCCAUUGGAGAAAACCUUCACACAGCUGCUGUGGCUCUUCCUGACAGUCUGCUGGGGGACAACGAGCUUCAGUUGGAGGUGUCGGCUGCCAGCAGAGACGUCAGAAUGAAAGCACAGAUAAUUAUCUUGGAGGAGCAAAGGCAAGAGCUUCUUUCUAUUAACGAGAAAUGGGCUAAAGAGUACCGAACCAUGAGACAGUACUACAAAGAGAAGGUCCAAGACUUAAAAGCAUUACUGCAACAAAGUCACUUUGAAGAAGAGACUUGGGAAGGAGGAGAAAACCACUUCACAUUACAUAAGAAAGUCAAAGAGAGCACACGGACUAGAGACACUGAUGUCAGCUCGGAGUUAGUAAAAGCAGAAAAGGAGGCAAGGGAGCUGCGGGUGCAAAACAGCACUCUAACUCGACGAGGGCAGCGUCAGCACGAGGAGAUCAGACGACUGAACAAGGCUCUCGACGAGGCACUUCAGACUACUCAACCUCUUGAUGUGAGCAGUGAAACACUACAUGAUAUCUGGAAACAUCAGGCUGAAGUCUACAAGGAAGACUUCUUGAAGGAGAGGAGGGACAGGGAAAAGCUUAAGGAAAAGUAUCUGGAAUUGGAGAAUAAGUUUAGGAAAGUUCACAGUGAGCUACGUGUCCUCAAAUCUCAGGUGACUUCGACUCGGCCACCAAAGCCUUUACUUGAAUGUACCUGCGCAAAUGGAACCAGAAGCCCAAACUGGGAGGUUCGCCCAAGUAACCGGGACGACAUCCAGAGACAAAGACGUUACACACUUGACGACAAACUGUGAAAUUCACUUGUCGUGUGAUAAUGUAUGUUGCACUUUAUGGAAGUCUUAGAUCAGAGUUCAUCAUUAGCAGGGUGAGACUUUGCCAGUUGAUCAGACAGGACCACAUCUGGGAGGCAAGCUCUAUUCUUUUUCAGUCCUCGGGCUACUGUCUGCUGCAGGUUCAGUUUCAGGUACUUUCAGCCGUGCUUGUAGCGAGCCCCCUCCACUGGUGUGGGCCCAUUAGGCGACCUGUGUGGAGGAAGCAAACGCAUAAAAAAAACACUCAAACAGCCCGUGAAAAGAAGCUCUUGUAUAAACACUUCCCAGGACAAGAAAAGCAGUAAUUAAAUAAAAUACUCUACCCAUUGUG